AUGGAUAACAAACAGGCAAUCUUGUCCUUGGGAUUUGGAUUGAUCAGCACAGUAUCGACGUAGGUUUGGCUUGGGUAUGUUUAAUAUUUCUAGAACAACUUUAACACAACCGUUUGAUCGGGUAAAAACCUUAAAACAACAGCUUGAACAUGACGCGGAUCGAAGUGCUUUGUCGUUGGCGAGAAAAGUGGUCAAAGAACGCGGAAUAUUAGAAUUGUGGAAAGGGACGGUUCCUGUUAGUUGCAUUCGCGAAAUUAUAUUCUUUUCUAAUUUUAGUCUGUGAUGCGAGCAGCUCCAGGAGCCGCCUUGUAUUUAUCUAUCGUUGAUUGUCUUCGCACACGGCUAAAAGUUCAUGAUAACGAUGGGAGAGGACUGUUUUUGACUGGCUUUACAACUAGAUUGGGGAUUGCUUUUUUAAUGCAGCCAUUUACAAUGAUCAAGGCUAGGCUGGAAGUAAGAAAAUGGUGGUUUUGACUUACUUCUCGCAAUUUAUUCUUGUGAGAACUUAUAAUUCAGGUUUAGAGCAGCGUUUACCACGAGAAGUCCAUGUUUGAUGCCAGCAGGAGAGUGUACAAAGAUCUGGGAAUGCUUGGUAAGGGAUCUUUAUUGAAAGUUACUAUCUAUUACUUUUUUGUUUAGGUUUAUGGAGAGGUUUGAUGCCCACAUUACUGCGCGAUGCCCCUUAUUCCGGGCUUUACCUCGUCUUUUAUCGACGUCAGCUCCGUUUGAUUGAGGAAUGGAAUAACUCUCCAGAGAUCCCAACCUUGUCGAGGUUUAGUUGUGCUGUAAUCAGUGGAUUCAUCGCUUGUUUAAUCACCCAGCCAUUCGAUGUUGUCAAAACUGUAGUUCAAUUGUAUCCCAAAAGAACGGCCUCCGUCUAUAAGGCUACACUGAUUUUGUACAAGGAACAUGGAUGGACCUUUUUCUUCCGCGGAUAUCUUCUUCGUGCGUCCAGGAGAACAUUGGCAGCAGCUUUGAACUGGACGAUAUUCGAUGAAAUGGUGUGUUAUAUCAAGAAGAAAUACCCCCACGAAGUCUGAGAUCUGUAUUGUUGCACUAACAUUGCCAUUUUACAGUAA